GCGGCUUCCGUCCUGGUUAAGAUGGCGGCGGCCGGGGUCUUGGGGAGCGGUCGUAGAGGGUGCCGCCGCCCUGGGCGAGGUCGGGCCGCCCUGCGCGGAAGAACCGCCCCCUGCAGCCGCACCACCAACGCUUAGCAAAGAAAGCGAGGCCCCGCCCGGGACGGCAGCUGCACCAUGGAUUCUUCUAGUUCAUCUAAUUAUUUCUCUGUCGGCUCCACCAAUCCCAGCGCUGUCGUUCUCCUCUACUCGAAAGAGCUCAAAAAGUGGGAUGAAUUUGAAGAUAUUUUAGAAGAGAGGAGGCAUGUCAGUGACUUGAAAUUUGCAAUGAAAUGCUAUACACCUCUUGUCUACAAGGGUAUUACCCCUUGCAAGCCAAGUGAUAUUAAAAACAGUGUUCUCAAUUCUGAAGAGAUUCAUUAUGUCAUUAAGCAGCUUUCCAUGGAAUCACUUCAAUCUGUCGAUGUCCUCCGAGAAGAAGUUUGUGAGAUCUUGGAUGAAAUGAGCCACAAACUGCGUCUGGGAGCUAUACGGUUUUUUGCUUUUGCCCUGAGCAAAAUAUUUAAACAAAUUUUCUCAAAGGUGUGUGUAAAUGAAGAAGGUAUUCAAAAACUGCAACGAGCCAUCCAGGAGCAUCCUGUUGUCUUGCUGCCUAGUCAUCGAAGUUAUAUUGACUUUCUCAUGUUGUCAUUUCUUUUAUACAACUAUGAUUUGCCUGUGCCAGUUAUAGCAGCAGGAAUGGACUUCCUGGGAAUGAAAAUGAUUGGUGAGCUAUUGAGGAUGUCAGGUGCCUUCUUCAUGCGGCGCACCUUUGGUGGCAAUAAACUCUACUGGGCUGUAUUCUCUGAAUAUGUAAAAACUAUGUUACGGGUAAAUGAAAAUAGCUACCAAAAUGGUUAUGCUCCUGUUGAAUUUUUCCUCGAAGGGACAAGAAGCCGCUCUGCCAAAACAUUGACUCCUAAAUUUGGUCUUCUGAGUAUUGUGAUGGAACCAUUUUUCAAAAGAGAAGUUUUUGAUACCUACCUUGUUCCAAUUAGCAUCAGUUAUGAUAAGAUAUUAGAAGAAACUCUUUAUGCAUAUGAGCUUCUAGGGGUUCCUAAGCCAAAAGAAUCUACAACUGGACUGUUGAAAGCCAGAAGGAUUCUGUCUGAGAAUUUUGGAAGCAUCUAUGUGUACUUUGGAGACCCUGUGUCACUUAGAUCUCUGGCCUCUGGGAGGAUGAGUAGGAGCCCAUAUAACUUGGUUCCAAGGUAUAUUCCUCAGAAGCAAUCCGAGGACAUGCAUGCCUUUGUCACUGAAGUUGCCUACAAAAUGCAGCUUCUGCAAAUUGAAAACCUAGUUCUGAGCCCAUGGCCCCUAAUAGUUGCUGUUCUGCUUCAGAACCGGCCAUCCAUGGACUUUGAUGCUCUGUUAGAAAAGACUUUAUGGCUGAAAGGCUUAACCCAGGCAUUUGGAGGAUUUCUCAUUUGGCCUGAUAAUGAGCCUGCUGAAGAAGUUGUCCAACACCACAUCCUUCUGCAUUCCAACAUUGCCAGCCUCGUCAAAGACCAGGUGAUUCUAAAAUUGGAAUCUGGAGACUCAGAAGUGGUUGAUGGACUUAUUUUCCAGCACAUCACUCUGCUCAUGUGCUCAACUUACCGGAAUCAGUUGCUCAACAUUUUUGUCCGUCCAUCCUUAGUUGCUGUAGCACUGCAGAUGACACCUGGCGUCAGGAAAGAGGAUGUCUACAGUUCCUUUCGCUUCCUACGUGAUGUUUUUUCAGACGAGUUCAUCUUCUUUCCAGGAAACACAGUAAAGGACUUUGAAGAAGGUUGUUACUUGCUUUGUAAAAGUGAGACCAUACAAGUGACUACACGGGACAUUCUAGUUACAGAGAAAGGAAAUGCUGUGUUAGAAUUUUUAAUAGGACUCUUCAGACCUUUUGUGGAAUGUUAUAAGCUACUUUGCAUAUACCUCUUGAGAGAACAAGAAGAACACUUCACUGAGAAACAGUACUUGGCUGCUGUUAGAAAAUUCACAAGUCAGCUUCUCAAUCAAGGUGCCUCUCAGUGUUACGACGUAUUAUCUUCUGAUGUACAGAAAAAUGCCUUAGCAGCUUUUGUGAGGCUUGGUGUAGUAGAGAAGAAGAAAGUAAAUAAUGAUUAUAUAUUUAGUGUGAAUGAACCUGCCACAACCAAAUUAGAAGAAAUGCUUGAUUCAAGGGAAGAGAAGUUUGAAGUAAGAUGGGCGAACACUGGGAGCCUUGGCAGUUUGCUGUCUCUGGAGGUGACAUUUAAGCUAAGAAUUGGUUUGAUCAGGAGGCAAUCCUCAAGGUUUUGGGGUUGGGAUUGGAUUGAUAAAUGAAGAAACAGUGGGGUAGGGUGUUCAGAGGAACAAUAAUGAUCAUAAUGUCCCGGGGUAAGUUCUGGAGGACCUAAAAGGAGAUCAGCGUGGCUGGAACAAGAAUUGCCAAUAGUGAAACUGAUGAGAAGGGAAGGGUUUCAGUCAGCUUGGAUCAGCACAUGAAAUGCUGUAGGCUGGGCAGCUUAAACACUGAUGAUGUUUCUCAUAGUCCCGGAGGCAGGAAGUCCAAGAUCAGGGUUUCUAUAAAGUAAAUUCAUUCUGAGGCCUCUUCUGGACUUGCCAUCUCUUUGUGCCCACUUGUCCUCUUCGCAAACUCAUGGAGAAGAAGCAAGCUCUCUGGUGUCUACUUGUAAGGACACUAAACCCAUGGUGAGGGCCCCAACCUCAUGACUUCAUCUAAACCAAUCACCUUCCAACGGCCCUGUCUCCAGGUAGAGACACAACAUGGGUUAGGACUUCAACAGAAGAAUUUGGGGGUGAUGGGACACCCUUCAGUCUACAGCAGGAGUCAGCAGAUACCAUGGCUUAGAGACUCUGUAAAAUCUGAAUUGGAGUUGAUAAUGACAUAGGGAUUCAAUGAAAUGUUUCUCAAAAUGUAGUUUGGAGCUGUCUGUAUCAAAUUGUCUGGAAUGUGUUUUUGUUUCCCAGAGGCCAGGCUGUAUUUUGCAUAUUCAGCUUUAAGACCCAUUACUCUAGAGCAUGCACUGGUGAUGGGGGUGGAGGUGGAGAGGGCUUCUGUGUGGCUUUGCUUGAGGUUGAUAUUCUGUAAGCCCAAGAAGAUUCAUGUGUGUUGAGUUGAUAAGUCAAUAGGACAGUGUUUCUGGCUGAGCAUUUUACAGCAAGCCUACUAAAUUGGUAAAAAGUUGUUGUCCUCCAAGGAGAGCCAGGCUGAGUCCAAGUCAAGUGGGAAGCAGGGACCAGGACCAUUUCUUGUUUUGCAGAUGUGCCUCAGAAAGAAUCCCAUGCAUCCAGUUUAGUUAUUUAUGCUGUGGUUGCACAUGUUGAAAACCGAGAAGAGCUUUAUUUACAUAGAUGUGUUUGGAACCCUGUCUUGGGCAAAGACUAGUGAGUUUUUGAUGCAAAUGGCCAGCCUUGUGACCUGGCCAGCUCUGGCAUUAGAGGCUGGCAAACAGGUAGUGUGUGUAUGUUGGGGUGUAGGUGGUGGAUGAAUGUGGUGCAGUAAAAACCAAACAAGGCUUUACAGCAGAGGCAGCUCUAGGAGAUGGUGUGGAGGACUUACUGCUUCUCAGUCUCUAGCAGCCACCCUCCUGAGGUCCUCCAAGUACAGUUAAAAAUCGCAGUCAAAGAAUAGCAUGCUUACUGGGCCAAUAAAGCUUCCAAGUGCAUACUUCUGCCCCACACCACACCUGUUCCUGCAUAGACCCAUACCAUCAAACCACAUUACCGACCCUGAGUUCCUCCACUUCCUCCUGUCUGUAAUUCUGGAGCUGCCACUGCUGCCUUGACGUGAGUAAAAAGACCUGCAGCAUCUGGGGUUCCAAGGCUUUCUCCAAACACAGUAUACAAUGUAGUGGCUGGGAAAAUAAGGUCUAGAGUUGGACUAGGUUUGAAACCCAACCCUACCAUAUACAGGUGCUCUUUGACUUAUGAUGGCAAGUUGAAAAUUCUCUAAGUUGAAAAUGCGCUUAAUGUACCUGUGAUCAUCACUGCUUAGCAACACAAUACAUUGUAGAGUAUCCGUUGAUUGCCUCAUGAGUGUGUGGCUGACUGGGAGCUGCAGCUCACUGUAGCUGCCCGGCAUUGCAAGAAAGUAUUGUACCACAUAUUGUUAACCCAGGAAAAUAGCAAAAUAUGACAGUAUUACAAAGUUAAAAAAUCAAAAAUUGAACUAUUAUGAGUACCAUCUGUGCUAGCUGUGUGUGAUCCUCUGCUGUACUUUUUAACUUUUUAUUAAAGAGACAGACACACAGCAGUCCCAUCUGCCUGUUUGUUACCCACAUUCCCUCAACCGCCAGGGCUGGGACACGUGAAAGCAAGAGCUGCGAAUUCAGCCCUCAUCUCACAUGUGCACUCACCUUGAGUUAUCACCUGCUACCUGCCAGGGUGUGCAUUAACAGGAAGCUGGAAUUGAAAGCAGAGCCAGGACUCAAACCUAGGCACCCUGACAUUUCCCAAAUGGUGUCUUAACUGCUAGGCAGGACACCUGCCCCCUGUGGGAUUUACUCAUCUUUCAGCUUUGUCAACGCAUGAGUUUUGGGGGACAUUCAGAUCAUAGCUGUAGGUAAAAUAUUAGAAACAUUGCUUGGUGUUAAGUGUAAGCUGUUACUACUGUUACUUUACUAAUUGACUUAGGGAGAAUGAGAUUGGAUGCCUUCAGAGUAACUAGUACAGCCGUUAACAUUUGCAUCCCUGUCCCACCACCUUGAGAACCUGCCCCAGCCAACUACUGGUCUCAAGGCUUUAGGUGUGCUGCCCUGUGUCUGGAUCUUACAAACAUCUACCGCCUUCCAAGUUCAGCCAAGCCAUAGGAGGAGACACAACUCUUUCUCUGCAUCAUCAGUAUCAUCAGUAGAAUGGAGGCAUUCACUGUGAGGUGGAAAGUAGAUUUUGAUGUCACAUUUAUUGUUAUUUUUAAUUAAAGUUACCAGGCUGACAGAAGUAUGAAUUUCCCAUCAGUGAGUUCUAACACAUGUUUUUGGAGCCCACGUGGACUGAUUGCUUUCUGACAGUUCUGUAUAGCGUCAACUUGGGAUUUCUUUUUACUAUUAUCUUGAUCAGUCACCUCUUCCUUGGACAGCAUCCCUUCCUGUUUACUCAUGUUGGUGAAGCCCAUCUUCCAGGUGGAUAGAAGAUUUUUUUGCAAUUGUUAAAUAAGGAUAAGAAGAGUGUAUGUUUUGGUGGUGAAGUUGAAGUGUAUCCAUCAGCAGCCAGCAUUCACUAGUAUGCAGAAAUAUUAUACAUGAAUAUCAUGAUAAUUUUUUUGUUGGCUAUUGUCUGUUGUCACACAUCUGGGCAGAGACUUGCCCUGCUCAAGUGUGACCUGGGAGUUCCUCCCUUAGUGAAAACCUGCUUUGUAGCUUGCACACUUUCAUCAGCAAGGUAUUUCACAGCAGAGCAGAGAAAAAUUGAACCCUAACAAUUUAUUGACUCAUGCUUCCUUCAACUUUCAGAGAAAUCAAAUGGGUUUAUGGGAAAGAAUCUACGCUCUUUAAGUAUAUAAUUCCUGAAGUAGAACAGAAGGUAAUGUUGUGAUCAAAAAGCUGAAAGUUACUUUGAUGCAGUGUGCUAUUGCUUGUGAACAGCAGCCUCUGAACUGGAGAAGCUGAAGUCGCCUUGGGACCUGGGCCCCAAGUGGAAACCCCCAGUGAGUUGGCUGUGCUCCCUCUCCGAGGCAAAACUCAUGACUUCUUGUUCUAUUUUGUUAAUGCUUAUGGAGCACUUACGGUGUGCCAGGUGCUUUCCAGAUAUUUAAUCCUCCUAGCAACUAUGAGGUUGACACCAUUAGGAUGAGUCCCCCUUUACCAAGAAGGAAAGUGAGAUGCAUGAAAGAAAUAUGAUGCGGAAAGUGUUUCCCCACGUUCCCACUUUGUUUCCAUUUUACUGGUGCUUUCUGUGACAAAGAACCAUGGUUCUAACAAGACUAUAAAAAACAAGUUUUAUUUCUUUAAAAAAAUGACAACUCUCAGGCCAGAGGGCUGACUGCUAGAGUCACAGGAGCCCAGUGCCGGCGCCAAGGAGGAAGCCAGGUCUGCAGUGGGAGGGGGAAGCCGCCUGGCCCACGGAUAGAGGAGGCCAGCAAAAGUUGCUGGAGCUCCCCCUGGAAACUGCUAGACAGGAAGCAGCCCUGGGGUGGGGUUCUGAGCCCUGAAGCUGCAAGCUGGGACUGCGGUUUUAGCAUUCCUGAGACCCUGUGUGUGUUUCUCUCCAUCUCAUUCUCCCACUCCUCUUUUCAUCAUUCUUUGUCUCUCUCUCUGUGUCUCUCCCUCUCUUUAAAGUCAUCCUGGGGAGGCCUGGUUUGUGAACGUACUGCAUAUGUGGAUGAUAACACUUUCUGAUGUUUUUGUUACCUGUCUCCUUACAUUUUUCCUUUUCACAGUUCAAACAAAGCAGCUUCAUUUUCCUUGUCUUGGGAAACUUUUGGCAGGUGGAAGGCACAAACUUGGCAGGAAAAUGUUUUCCUCUCAGGCCUUUGUCUGCAGUGAUCUAAAGGCUCGGCAGCACAGCAUUUGCAGGAAGAGGCAGAGCAUCACGCGAGGAGCAGAGAGAGAAAGGCCUCCUUAUCCCCUUACCCUGAACCGUAAAGAAAGAAGUUUUUUUAGGGCUGGGAGCCAGCGAGGCCCUUAAAAGUCUCAGUCUUAAAAAGGUCUUCGAGUCUUAAACACACAGAAUUGCUGAGUCUGAAGGAUCCCCUGGGAUGGGCAAAAGGGACAGCUCUGCAGUACUGUCCAUGAACCUGAGACUGAUACCAGGGUGCUCCCCAGCCCCACCCCGCACCAUCCUCCCUGCAAAUGGGUAUGUCUAGGAGCAGCAUCCGCAUCUGUGACAGAGGCCAUGGUUAGAGUUUAUGCUGCUAAUGAGCUAGGCCCUCCUCCUUCCUUAUGGUAAACUGACUGAAAAAUAGACACAAGAGUCAAACAGAGAUACAAAUGGUUUAAUUCUUGGUGAAACUGGUUUCCAGACUGUGCCUAGCCAGAAGCAGGUUUGUGUCUUUUCCCAUGCCAGUUCUAGGCUAUAGGCAGGAACAAGACAGAAAGCAUGUACAAGUAUCUGUGAGCCCUGUGGACCCCAAAAUGGACAGUUACUCCAGUCUCAUAGAUAGAAUGGUAUAAUCCAUAUCCUUUAGAUUAUAGAAUACCUAAUACAAUGUAAAUGCUACGCACAUAUCCUUUAGAUUAUAGAAUACCUAAUACAAUGUAAGUGCUACACACAUAGUUGUACUGUGUUGUUUGGGAAAUAAUGACAAGGAAAGAAUCUGUACGUGGUCACUACAGAUGCAGCUUCCCCUAGUGUCUUCCAUCUGCAGUUGUUGGAGUCAGCACACGCUAACUCACUGACAGGGAGGGCAGGCUGUAUAUCCUGCAGGCAGCUACCUGGAAAUGGAAUCAGUAACAAUUAUUUUGAGUGUAAGUAUUUGGGAUGCUUAUAUUUGUCCCAAGUGUCACAAUAUUUGCAACAGGCAUAUACUACUGAAAAUAUUCCUUGUUUGUGUAAACAGUGCAUGCUGCAUUUUAUCUGUGGCAGCAAGAGGUCUGCAUUCUUCAAGGAGGGAGAGGAGGUAGUGGACUCAGGAUAUGCCCUGGAGGGAAAGCUGGGAGUCUAAGAACGAGCAGCAGGGGUGCUGCUGGGGUUGGGGGCUGCUGGCUGGCAGGGCA